AUGGCAACUUCUGCUUAUUCUUCAUAUCAAAAUUCAUCUCCAAGAGGAGUAGCCAUGGUUCUAGCCACGGUGUCUGCGGUGGUGCUUUCUCCAUUGUACGUAGACCGGAAAAAUGAAAGCCGUCACGAGGUGGGGUGGAGCUCUGGCUUUGUUCUACCUGUGGUGCUCGCGGGAUUGAUUGUUGCCAUUAAAACCACUUCAUUUAAUUCAAUGCAGAGAGGGAGUGGAAAAUCAGUAGCUACAUGUCCAGACGAGUCAACGGUGCUCAGAAUCGGGAGUUCCUCUUGGGGACUUGCCAGUAUUUUGAUCAUGCUCGUGUUUAUACUUUCAUGGCAAGCUUCUGUGCAACACUUCUUCUGGAGAUAG